UCUUAUAUAUCUCAAAAAAAAAAAAAACACAUAACAUAAACUCUCUCUCUUCUUCUCUGAAACCUCUCUAAUCUCUCUCUGUGAAAUUCUCUAAAUGCAAAUAACACAAACCAUUUAAUUAUCUGGAUUCUUUCACAACAUAGAGAAGAAGUUUUCACAGUUUUUGAAAGUUGAUCUAUUUUGAUGUUAAGAAUUGAAGUAUUACUGCAUGAUUUGUUGAAAAGGAGAAGUUUUUAAAGAUGAAAAGAAGUAGAGAGGAUGUUUUUCAAGUGAAAAGGACAGUAAUUUCCUCUAGAGGCGAACCCUCCGGGCAACAACAGGGUCCCGGAGGCAUGUCACAGAAACUAACAACCAAUGAUGCUCUUGCAUACUUGAAAGCUGUGAAGGACAUAUUUCAAGAUAAAAGGAUGAAAUAUGAUGAAUUCCUUGAAGUAAUGAAAGACUUCAAGGCUCAGAGAAUUGACACCACUGGUGUUAUAGCAAGGGUCAAAGAUUUAUUUAAAGGCCACCGAGACCUUAUAUUGGGGUUCAAUACCUUUUUGCCUAAAGGAUAUGAGAUUCACCUUGUAACGGAGGAUGAACCUCCUCCGAAGAAGCCUGUUGAAUUCGAGGAAGCCAUCAAUUUUGUAAACAAAAUAAAGACAAGGUUCCAAGAUGAUGAUCAUGUGUACAAGUCAUUCUUAGAUAUUUUAAAUAUGUACCGGAAGGAGAACAAGUCCAUUACAGAGGUUUACCAAGAGGUUGCAAUUCUUUUUCAACUUCAUCCUGACUUGCUCGAUGAAUUCACACAUUUCUUACCAGAUACUUCUGGCACAGCCUCUAUUCAUCAUGCUCCAUCAGGCAGAAAUUUUCCUCGUCGGGAGAGUUCUAUUACACCUACUCUGAGGCCAAUGCAAGGGGAUAAGAAGGAUAGGACUAUGACUUCCCACCUCGACCGCCACCGCAGUGUGGACCGUCCUGAUGACCAGGAUAGGCGUAGACGUGAUAAGGAGAGAGAGAGGAGAGAUGAUAGGGAUAGAAGAGACCGUGGUAGGGAUUAUAAGGAUCUUGAGCAUGAUAGAGACUUCGAGCAGCGGCCCCACAAACGGAAACCUGCACCAAGGAUUGAAGACUCCAAUGAUGCGUUACAUCAAGGUGACUACAUUCAAGAAUACACUUUCUGUGAGAAAGUGAAGGAGAAGUUACGAAAUCCCGAAGAUUACCAAGAAUUCCUAAAAUGCCUUAGUAUUUAUAGCAAUGAGAUCAUUUCAAGAGAUGAACUUAAAAAUUUGAUUGGUGAUUUGCUCGGAUACUUUCCUGAUCUUAUGUCUGGGUUUAACGAAUUUCUGGAACAGUGUGAGAGGAAAGGGGAUGGAUACCUUACUGGCUUUAUGAGCAAAAAAUCCUUGUGGAAUGAGAAUUUACCUAGACAUCCUAAGAUUGAGAACAGGGAUAAAGUACGAGACCGUGAAAGGGAGGAGAGGGAUCGAGAACGAGAAAAGGAAAGAGUUGAUAGAAAUUUAUCAGCAGCGGGUCACAAGGUUACAACCCCAAACAGGGACAGCAGGGGGGAGAAGUACAUGGCGAAACCCAUAUCUGAGCUUGACCUCUCUAACUGUCAACGUUGUACCCCAAGUUAUCGGCUUUUGCCGAAGAAUUAUCCAAUACCUUCAGCCAGCCAGAGGAGUGAGCUUGGAGCUCAAGUAUUGAAUGACUUUUGGGUAUCUGUAACUUCAGGAAGCGAGGAUUACUCUUUCAAACAUAUGCGCAAAAAUCAAUAUGAAGAAAGUCUGUUUAGAUGUGAAGAUGACAGAUUCGAACUGGAUAUGCUGUUAGAGUCUGUUGAUGCAGCCACUAGGCGUGUGGAGGAAUUGUUGGAUAAGAUUAAUGACAAUACUAUCAAGCCAGAAAGCCCAAUACGUAUUGAGGAUCACUUUACUGCUCUAAAUCUAAGGUGUAUUGAACGCUUAUAUGGUGACCAUGGGCUGGAUGUGAUGGAUGUAUUACGUAAAAAUGCUAGUCUUGCUUUGCCUGUUAUAUUAAGCCGCUUGAAGCAAAAACAAGAAGAAUGGUCCAGGUGUCGCACAGAUUUCAAUAAAGUUUGGGCUGAAAUUUAUUCCAAGAACUAUCACAAAUCUCUGGACCACCGUAGCUUCUAUUUCAAACAACAGGACACGAAGAGCUUGAGUACUAAAGCCUUGAUUGCAGAGAUUAAAGAGAUUAACGAGAAAAAGCAUAAGGAGGAUGAUGUACUUCUUGCUAUUGCUGCUGGGAACAGAAGACCUAUCAUUCCAAAUCUGGAGUUUGAGUACUCUGACCCAGAUGUACAUGAAGACUUGUAUCAGCUUAUCAAAUAUUCAUGUGGGGAGGUUUGCUCGUCUACAGAACAGCUGGAUAAAGUCAUGAGGCUGUGGACGACCUUCUUGGAGCCCAUGAUGGGUGUCCCUUCUCGUCCACUUGGUGCCGAGGACACAGAGGAUGUUGUGAAGGAUAGAAAUGGUGUUACCAAAAGUGUACCUAGUUUUGAUGAAUGUAAUGGCGAUGCUACCCUUGGAAGUCCCAAGCAAGUGAACUCUCCUAGACAUGGAGAUGACAAAGAUGGUACUCAUGGUUCUCGUAGGAGUGAAAGCACUCCUUCUGGUACUUCUCAGCUCGGAAAAGGGCAGAAUAAUGUGUCCAUGCCUGAAGAAGCAUCUGGAGUUGAUGUACAAGCUCCUCUUAAAGAACAACCAGCAAGUUUAAAUACCUCCCUUGCUAUUAAAUCAGAGCAAAGUAGUGGCAAGGCCACCAUUGAAACUGUCUCAGGUCUUUGCACGACACCUUCCAAGACUGCUCAUGCUGCUGUUGAGAAUGGGCUCGAGUCCCGGCUCAAUAAUGAAGCUUUACCUGCAGAGCAGGAUGGUGACAGUAAAAGACCAAUUUUAUCAAAUGGCAUGGCAGAAGGUUCCAAAGUGCAAAAACAUCAUGAUGAUUCUGUUGUUAACUUCAAAGUUGAAAGAGAGGAAGGUGAACUAUCACCUGCUGGAGAUUUUGAGGAGGAUAAUUUUGUAGUCUACGGAGAUGCUAACAAUGGAGCCGUGUCUAAAGCAAAGAAUAGUGCAUCAGGUGUACAGUAUCAAGUUAAAAAUAGUGACAAAGGAAGCUGUAGGGAGGUGCGAGCAGUAAAUGAAGCAGAUGCUGAGGAUGUAGGUGACGGUGAGGAAAGUGCGCAAAGGUCUACCGAGGAUAGUGAAAAUGCUUCUGAGGCUGGUGAAGAUGUUUCAGGCAGCGAGUCUGCUGAUGGUGAGGAAGGCUCUCGUGAAGAACAUGAAGAAGAUGCAGAAAAUGAUGCAAAAGCUGAAAGUGAAGGCGAGGCAGAAGGGAUGGCUGACGCAGAUGAUGUUGACGAAGAUGGCACGGUAGUGCCAUUUUCUGAACGUUUUCUAAUGACAGUGAAGCCUCUCACAAAGCAUGUACCUCCGGUGUUAGGUGACAAGGAAAAAAAAGAUUCUCGAAUUUUUUAUGGAAAUGAUUCGUACUAUGUGCUUUUCCGCCUUCAUCAAACACUUUUUGAGAGAAUAUUGUCAGCAAAGAUAAAUUCGUUGUCUUCUGAUAAGAAAUGGAGAACUUCGAAGGAAACUGGUUCUCCUGACCUAUAUGCAAGAUUUCUGAGUGCUCUAUACAGCCUGCUCGACGGAUCCUCUGACAACACUAAGUUUGAGGAUGAUUGUCGAGCUCUUAUUGGGACCCAAUCAUACGUGCUCUUUACGUUGGACAAAUUGAUAUGUAAACUUGUGAAGCAGCUUCAAACCGCUGCAGCUGACGAGGUGGACAGCAAGCUUCUUCAACUACAGACAUAUGAAAAUUCAAGACGACCAGGGAAGUUUGUUGAUUUAGUUUAUCACGAAAAUGCCCGUGUUCUUCUUCAUGAUGAAAAUAUAUAUCGGUUUGAAUGUACUUCCAGUCCAACUCACUUAUCAAUCCAGUUGAUGGACUGUAGUCGUGAAAAGCCCGAAGUCACCGCUGUUUCUAUGGAUCCUCAUUUCUCUUCUUAUUUGCACAGUGACUUCCUCUCAGUUCUUCCUGACAGGAAGGAGGCGCAUGAUGUUUUUCUUCCCAGAAACAAACGAAAAUACGCAUGCGGGGAAGAAAUUUCUGGUGCAUACAAUGCCAUGGAUGGAGUUCGAGUUGUCAAUGGUUUGGAGUGCAAGAUAUCUUGCGUUACAUCCAAGGUCUCUUAUGUUCUAGACACCGAAGAUUUCUUCUUUCGGAUUAAAAGAAAACUGAAAAAUGUAACAGAGGGUACCACCAGCUCAACAUGUCACGAGCAAUCAAAGCCCUUAAAUCGUUAUGCUCUAAGAAUAGAACGAUACCAAAAGUUCCUGUCUGGAUCCUAAUGUAUAUGCUUAAGUGUGCAGAUUUCAAGAGAUGGGAUGAGGUAAGCCAAAGCUGAAAAAAGAAGUGUAUGAUGUAGUGCAGGCUGGUGUCAGAGAAACUUCGCUGUUGAGAAGGCGUUCCCUUGCUUCCUUGAAUUCCUCUUACCAGCGAAGGAAUAUACAACUUUUGAAAGAGGUAGAGAAAGCAAAGUGUAGCUCUUGAAAAGUGUAGUAUUUUUGUAAGUUGGUUUGUUCUAGUGUUGUUUUUAAAGGUUUUUUUUUUUUUUUCCGUUCUUGGUGUACAUAGGUUGAUCAGCAAAAUACCAUGUAAAACAUGAGAGAGAUGUAUGUUCAUUUCAUUUUGCCUAUCCUCUUCCUUCGCUUUUGAUGGUAAAAUCAUAGGCGAGCCUGAAGACGACUCAAUACUUGGGAGUCAGGAAGAGAACUAGGGUCAGUGUGGCCUUCUCUAAUUAAUAAUAAGUGAAAGAAAACCUUUAGCCCAGAAA